GCUAAAUAUAUAUGUUAUCUUGAUAAAACAAACAAGUUUCUUUCAUAUUGGAAAAAUACACUGAGAAUAUCCAUAACGGAUAUUGUUCGUUAAGUACGGAAGCGACAUUCCCGGGUGUAAACAAACUUUAAUAAUGGAUGAGUUCAGACACACUUUUGUCAGACUAUGUAGAGACAAUCACACAGAUCCACCAGAUUUUAUAAUUCACCAGUUAAAAAGCUUUGAGAACACAUCAAAAAGAGGAAAGGCUGUGUUGGAUUUGUCUACCAACAGUUUGUCUCCAAAACCAUGUCACAUUUUAGGGAAAGUAAUUGCAACAGAUAGGACGUUUUUAGAAUAUAAGUUUGCAGAUUGUAUGCUUAGUGAAGAUGCUGUCAAAGGACUUUCAAAUGGAUUUGCACACAAUUCUUAUUGCAAAAGUCUAGAUAUGAAGGGAAACAACAUCAGAGGAGCUGGUGCAGAAGCCUUGGGCAAAAUGUUACAUCAUAAUCAAGCAAUAUUAAAGUUGUGUUUAGAAUGGAAUGCUCUUGGCAUGUUAGACAACUCUUUUUCAUUGUUCUGUGAGGGACUCGGAUCAAAUGAAUGCUUACAGGCUUUAGACCUUAGAAACAACCAGAUUAACCAUGACUGUGCCAUAGAAUUAUCAGCCAAUUUAAAAAGAAACAAAACUUUAAGGGCUAUCGAUCUGAGAUGGAACAAUGUGGGUCUGUUAGGAGGAAGAGCUAUUCUAGAGAUGUUACAGACUAACAAAACUGUUUGCAGACUAGAGCUUGCAGGAAACAAUAUUCCUAGUGAUAUACUUAAGUCUAUAGAGACAGCAGUUGGACAAAAUGAAGACAGAGCUGUGUUAGGUGAAGAUCACAAGAAGAAAAUGAUGAUGCUCACAAAGCAUGUCAAACAAAUAGAAUCUGAUAAAUCUUUACAGAUGAAUGAUCUCAUGGAUACUAUUGAAAAACAAGAAGAUGUCCUCAGGAAAACAAAAAGAACCACUACCCAGCAAGUGGCACAUUUACAAGAGGCUCUAGAGGAGAGGAAAUCUUCAUUCAAUGCAUUAGCUGCAAAAUUGUCUAUGACAGAAUCUGAACUAGCUUUACAGGAACAGAAAACACAUGAUGUAGAGAUUGUAGUAGAAAGACUAAAACAAGAACUGUCAGGGAGGCAUAGCUCUCAUAAUGAGGACCUGAGGAAAGAAAGAGAGACAAGAGCAACUAUGGAAGCACAGCUACACAAAGAACUGUCAGAAUCUAGUGACAAAAAUAUACAAUUACAGGCCAAGUUGGAUGAUACAGAAAGAAAAUGUCGUAUGCAGCAGGAUCAGAUUUUUGAACUGAAGGAACAGGCCACACAUUUACAAGCAGAGAUUAAAAUUAAAGGUGCUCACUUUGAAGAAAGAAUACAAUCAGAAAGAAACAGACACAAAGAAGAUCUUAGAGAUGCAGAACAAAUAAGACAGAAAGAGGUAUCCAGAGUGCGACAAGAUGCAGAUGAAGUUGAAGCAAAUCUAAGGGAGAGAAUCCAGCAGUUAGAAAUGACAAGACUUGAACUAGAAGAAGAAAUUAGUCGACAGAAAAAUCAUAACAUGUCCAAUAAACUACAGCAUGAAGAACAGCUUUCUAUUAUUAAACAAAAGUUCCAGUCUGAGGAGGAAAACAGAUACAGUCAAUUAGAAGAAAAGUUACGAGUGACCCAGUUAUUGAAAGAUGAAGUGCAGUCCCGAUGUAACCAGCAGAGUUCCACCGUUAGUGAUCUAACGUCUAGGAAUAGUACUCUUACUCUGGAGACAGAGACAAUGAAGAAAAGAGUGGAAGAGAUGCAGCAGGAACUAGCUGAAAAGAAUGCAGUAACUUUUGCUGAAGUUGGAAAGGUCAAAUUAGAUUUGAAUCAAGCAUUAAACAAACUUGAAGCAGAAAGAAAAGUGCAAACAGAUUUAAGGGACCAACUUUCAGAUUCAGAUAGAAAAACAUCAGAACAAAUUUUGAGAUACAGAGAAGCCUGUGAGGAGAAAGAUGCAGAAUUAGACAGUUUAAGAAGACGUCUCAAGUCUCGUGAGUUAGAAGUAUCUCAUGUCCGAGAAGAAGAAUCACAAAGAGCUAAAAUGCUACAGAUGGCUGUAUUGAACUAUUGUCAAAACAUACCACAGUCAACAAUGGAAUCAUCAUGAUCAAAGAAAAAAAAUAUUUUAAGGAAACAUUGUUGAAAUAUUUUGUAAAAGGUUAACUUCCUUCUCUUGGAUAUGUAGAAAGACAUGAGAUGAAAAGGAGUAGUUGUAUAAUUUUUAUUCUUGUAUGAUAACAACACACUUCAAUACAAGAUGCAUCCAAAAUUUAACUCAGAAUAUCAUAUCUCUAAAUAAAUUAAGCUUUAAAUUAGUGAUUUCAUCAGUAACAAAUAUAUGUUUUAGGGGGCUCACUUGUAUAAAUCAUUUUUUUUUUUUUUAAUUUAGGAUUUCGCUGUAUUUCUCUAUAAAAGAACUUUAUCACAUACUUAAUAGAAAAAUAAAAUUAAAAAAUAGGGUCACCGUUCAUUUAAGCUCACAAUCUGCCUUAGAAAGAUGCAUACAUUUUUGUAAAGGUACUGUUUUUCUGUUAAAAGAGGUACAUUUUAAUAUUGAAAUAAAAACAGAACUAAAAUACAGAAAUUGCUGAAAUUUUCUAAAGUUUAGUUUAAGUACAGCUUAUUUGAGAGAAAAAAAAAGGUCACUGAUGAGCAAAAAAAAGAUAUUUCAAUGUUAAUGCCAAAAAACAAAAAAUGGCAUUUUUGCACCAAAGGGAGAUAAUUCCCUCCGCUCCAAUUUCGAUGUAAUAAAACAAAACUCAACACAUAAGUAAUGAUAAUCAUAUUUUGGCAUAAAUAACAAUUUACAAUCAUACAUAUGUCAUAAAUAAAUUUCUCAUUUAAAGUCCAUAUUCUUGAUAAAUAUUAAUUUCCAAAAUAUAUAAAUGCACCAGUCACUUCUCAAACAGACAUCAAAUUCAUCAAUCUGCAUUAUCUGAAAAAGACUAACUUCUUCUAUUUAAUAAGGUAUAACACAUGUACAAAAAUAAUCAAAUUAUACAAAAAUAAAAUGGGCGGGAGGGUGGGUAAAUUUAACGUGUUGAAUUGACCAGUAAACUUUUCGAAAUGACCAGGAAAUAUUUAUGAAAAUUUACCUGAAGUGAACAGGUAUUUCAAUUAACCAAUCAAAUGCGUAUAAAUUACGAACGAUAAAUUUUUGUACAAACAGGUAACGAGUAAUAUCGAAAGGUAACGAGUAAUGUCGAAAGCAUCCGAGAUGGAAUUAAGUAUUUUUAAUUAAUUAAAAAUUUACCAAUUUGGAGAUUAUCAAUGAUAUUAUACAUUUUAAAGGUCAUCUGGAUCCACUACAAAUUUAUUUUUUGGAUUGAUUUUUGUGUACUAUAUGAUAUUAUAGUAACAACUAAUAAAGUAAUAGAUAAAAUUUGUAAUGAAAAAAAAAAAAUUAAAUCUUUUGCUGAAAUUUUUGCUCCCUCAAGCCUCCUUAAACAUGUUAAAGAGAGAUCAUAGAUGUAAUAGAUCAUAUUACUCUCAUUAUACAUAUGGAAUACAGAAAGAAGUAUAAAGAGUUGUGAUAGAAGUAUGGUUUCUUACAUUGAUUAAUGCCAUUAAAGUCACAAAUAAAAGCUUUAAAUGGUAUUGACUUAAACAAUUUUGAUAAUUCAUAGUAAAAUAUCAUUGCUAUAUAUUUGUUGUUGUUGUGUCCACUUUCAGGCAAGUUUGUCAGUGAAUAUGCUUUAAUGUAAUGUCUUAGUUCCUUGAUAACUGCUAUCUUUUCAUAUGUAUGUUUUCUAUAACCUAUGAAUAAAAAUCAAGAGCUUUUAAAAGUACUUUAUAUACUGUAAAUUCAGAAAAUGUUGCAUGCAUUUAUUAUUGCGAUUUUGUCAUUUUAGACUCAAAUAUGAUUUUAAUGUUUGCGAUAUUCAGAAAAAUUCCUGUUUGAUUCAUGUAAAACAAUUAAAAAAUGUGAGUUUUAAUUAUUGCGAUUAUAACCUUGUCGCAUUUUCGCAAUAAUUUCUGAAUUUACAGUAUUUAUUUUACUAUGGAUUGACAUUGAAUGAGAGAAUGUGUACCAGCUUUUAUAAUUAGUAUGUACAACAAAUAAGAAUUUUAAUUAAGGUCAUGAGUUUUAAAGCACACAAUUCUCAGUGUUUUUAAUUAUAUUUAAUGUGAAAUUUAAUAUUAGAUCUGAUAUGGUUGUGAUAUUUUUCUAGUUCAAAAUAUUCAAUUUUUUUUAACAAUUUCUUUUGAAAUGAUAUGAUGAUAUUUAGUACCGUAUUUAAUGUGAUCUUGUCAGUUUUACUGGACCGGUAGUUUUACUUUAUUUUGAAAUAAUGUGAUGAUAUUUACUAUGUAAUUUAGUA